AUGGAUGCUAUAUACAUUCCCGUAGUUUUAUACUACUUGGGCAACGACAGGAGUGACAUAAUACAACAUCUGAAAGAGUCACUUUCUCGAUCUUUGGUCUCCUUCUAUCCCUUUGCCGGAAUUAUCAGAGAUGCUCUCUCUGCAGAUUGCAACGACCAAGGCCUUCCAUUCUCUGUCGCCAAAGUGAAGGCCCGAUUGAGCGAUUUUCUACAAAACCCUGAUGUUGAAUUGAUUAACAAGUUAUUUCCAGGUGAUGAGAAGAAUCCGGUUCCGGGUGAUAGUGUUAUGCUGAUUCAGUUGAACUGUUUCGACUGCGGCAGCAUAGCCAUAUGUAUCAAGUUUCAUCACUUAAUUGCAGACAUAGUUUCAGUCUCGACAUUUUUCCAAUGUUGGGCUGCCAAUGCACAAGGAUUAGGGUUUGCUCCCUUGAAUCGUGUAGCCCAAUCUUCCUUUCCACAGAAUCCCUCAAUACCUAACAACUUAUUACCUUUCAGCUAUUUUUACAAAUUAUUUAGCGCCGGGAAGUUUGUUGUGAGAAGGUACGUUUUCGAUGCUUCUGCCUUAUCCAUUCUCAAGGCCCAAAUGAGUAGCUCUAGCUCUAGCUCUAGCUCCACUGUGUCACGAGUGAAUGUGGUGACGGCUGUGAUAUUGAAAUGCUUCUUGGAGGCGGUGGCUGCCGAGAAGGAUGUGAAACCUGUGGUAAUGACUCAAGCGGUCAACCUUCGGAGAAGGUCGACGCCACCAUUUGCAGAUGAUAGUUUUGGUAAUUUAGUGUGGCAAGCCGUGGGCUUGUGGAGCAACCCUGCACAAAAGGAGUUGGCGGAGUUGGUAAGGGAGGUGAAAAAAGGGAUAGCAAAAAUAGAUGGUGAGUUUGUGAGACGAUUGGGGAGCGAUGAUGGCGUGUAUGAAAUUUUGGAGACAUUUAGGAAUGAGAUGCCUCAAGAAGCUACUUGGCUUGCUUUCACCAGUUGGGCAGGUAUUGGUCUUUCCGAGGUUGAUUUUGGGUGGGGAAAACCUGUGUGGAUAUCAGGCUGCAUUCCACAAUAUUCUGAAUUUGAAACUUUGGUUGGAGGUAAUUUGUUCAACUUAUUGGAUUCGAAAUCCGGAGGAAUAGAAGCGUGGGCGAUUCUUAAUAAAAAAUAUGUUGCAGGGUUUGAGAAAAAUGAUCAUAUUCGAAAAUAUGCUCAUUUUAACCCUACGGUCAUUUAA